CGCGCCAGCGAGGGGCGAGGCGAGGGCGAGGGCGAGCCCCGUCGCCGUCAGUCUGAUGCAGAGCUUCGCCGGGGACGGACGUGCGGGAAGGGACGGGAACUUUAGGGCCGCGAACUCCAGUGCACCCGCACGUGCACGGGAGCCCAUGACACGAACGUGACGCACCGUGUGCCUGCCAGUGACCGCCGUGACGAGGUGUGACGUCCCCCUCCAGAACGACGUGACGACGACCGCAAGCCGCGAUGGCUCCGAGCUGGAUUACUACCACCCUGCUGCUGCUGGCGACCGCUGGACUCACCGGAGGUGUGCGGCCCGAGCUGUUGCUGCGGGACCCCCUCGCCGUCAACGACUGGGACGACGCCCGGUGCGACCGGCUCGCCGAGGACGUGGCCUACGCCGACCAGAACACCGUGGUGGACAACCCGCCCAAGAUGGCGGCCAAAUGGGUGUCUGAGGGAUGCGAGGUGCGGCCCGGCCCGGAGUUCCUGCUGCGCUCCUACACGUUCCACCGCAACGGCACGUUCCGCCUGCUGCAGUUCCACUACGGCGAGGAGUCGUGCUCGCUGCCGCUGUACACCGUGUCGGCCAAGGGGCGCUACAAGGCGCGCGGCCGGUCCUGGCUCACGCCCGCCGCCACCGAGGCCGAGUACACGCUGACGAGGGUCACGGUGACGGCCCAGAGCGCCGAGGUGGCCGAGGAGCUGGCCGCCCGGGUGAACGCGACCUGCCCGGGCCAGGUGCGCCGCCGGUGGAAGCCGUACCGCGAGUACGUGGUGCUGAGCCUCAACGAGGACGGCGGCGACGUGCAGCAACCGCGCAACAACCUGCCGCCCAGCGAGCCGGCCCCGCACCACCACCACGGCCAGGUGCGCCUCAUGUCCACCUCGGACGUGGACUGCCUGUCUGCGCUGCACGCCGCCUUCCACGAGCUGCAGCUUCUGCGGACGCAGCGCCGCCCCCACGGCCCCCGGUCCCGCGCCGCCGCCGCCGCCCCAAGGCACGAGCUGCUGCUCGGCGACGUGCAUUCGCGGCCAGACCAGCGCGGCACCUACCGCCCCACCGCCUUCCAAGUGCCGCUGCUCCGCGCCGACCAGACCCACGGCUGCGACGUCUGCCACGCCGUCGCCCGCGCGUCCGAGCGCUCGCCUCCCAUCCUGCACGCCCGGCCCCGCCUGCCGCCCUACCUCGGCGGCGACUGGGUGAGCAGCCGGUGCGAGACGCGGCCGCUGGGGCUGUUCCUUCGGCGCCGGCUGCGGGUGCGCGCUGCGGGGGCCGGGGCCGCCGGCGGCGACGCCUGGAUGUCCUGGCAGGGCGAGUACGAGUUCUACUCGGACCCCUUCUGCACGACGCCCACCUUUACGGCCACCGAGGCUGGACGCUACGCCGUGGGCGGGCCGAGCUCGCAGGUCCUCGGCGCCCUGCAGGCCGACUUCCGCGUCGAGCGCGCCGCCCUCACCGUCCUGGACCCGGGCAUGGUGGCCAGCCUGCGCGCGGACCCGCGCUGCGGCGGUGGCCUCGUCCUGGGCGAGUGGCAGGUGGGCGUGCCCCGGGACUUGACGGCGACGCACGGCUGCGCGCCGCUGGGACUCGUGGUGCCCACCGUCCGCUACGAGCUCGUGCGCGUCGACAUGGACUCCUGGGGACAGUCGCUGCUCUUCCUCGGCCAGUCCGACACGGAGAACAGGCGCGGCGGGCCCUCGGAGCGGCCCACGGCCUACCAGCCUCCCUUGGUGCGCUGUCGGGGUCUUCCCCCGCCUGUGCCCGCCCUCAGCACGCUGCAGGACGCGGAGGACGACGAUGACGAUGACGAUGAUGAGAGCGAUGCCGACGUAAGAUUUGCCUUCUCCUCCAGCGCGCGGACAACUGCGUCCAGUUUGGUCGGUUUCCUUUUCGCCUUCGCUCUCUUGCGAGUUUAAAAUGUGAUAUUAGUAAUUAAACUUUGUGUGUGAGUGUGAGUUUUAGAGUGUGAUCUAUCGUUCUCUAUCGUGUGAAUGUUGUUUGCGAGUUUUGUAAAUGUGUAGAAUAUGUGUUUGUGUGUGAAAUAUUAGAGCUGUAUUUUCAAAAGCGUCCUCGGCUGUCCUCUUGCAAGGAUCAGUGAUGCAUCUGAGAAAUGAGACUGGUAAUAUUAUUAGUGUAUUUAGGUAGUAAUCUAAAAUGUGCCAUUGUGUGCCAUUGUGGAGAAACCCCUGUAAUUCCAGAUUCUUAGUACUUAGUUAGGUCUAUGUUUAUUCAUCUGUUCAUUCAGAUAACCCGAGAAAACUGUACUCUGAUUUAUCUGUAAGUUAAAGUUUUAAUUCGUAAUUAAGUAGUUUAUCGUGCAAGUCUGUCCCUACAGCUUACUCGAGCAACCCGUACUUUUUCCAUAGUGUAAUUGAGUUGUUUAUUAUAUUUUUUUCCAGUAUACUUUCCAGUAUAGGCUGUGGAGAAACCCUUGUAAUUACUUCUAAAUUUAUGGUUACAUAUUUGUAUUUAUAUGUGACUGUAGGGAAAUGUGCGUAGUUCCCAAAAUGCUCACCCAUUUCUGCAUGUGGUCGUGGAGGAACACAUGUAAUUUCUGAAUAUUAGGAUUAGGCCUACACAUCUAUUCAUGUGUUGUAGGAGUAAACCCCUGUAAUUCAUUUUUAAGGCAUCAUUCUGUUUUUACAGAUUACUCGAGCAACCCGUACUAGAUGCAUCAAUUUAUUCUUAAUGAAUGAUUGAGGUAAUUUAAGAUAUCAAUUACGUUAAGUUUAUUGUUAAGCUACAAAACAUGGGAAAACCACGUCCCUUUGGUACAAACCCCCCAGUGAAUUUUUGUACAGAAAAAUUUGAGUGUUGUAUCGUAAGUAUCAUAAGUAGUAUUCUAUAAUGUUUCCAUCUGUUACCAUAAAAUAUAUUGUAAAUAUAUUGUUUGCAGCUAACUUGAAAAAGAAGCUUAUACGAGUCUGUGACGUACUGUUGAUUUGUACAUACCUUUAAAUACUUUUUCAAAAUAAUAACUUGUAGUCAUUUGUGUUAUAUUUAGAAUUUGUUCAGAGCAAAUGUGUAAAUUUGAGAUUAAUCCAUUAGUGCAAUGGAUAUGGAUGAAUUUUGACCUGUGAGCAGUAUGUGGUUAUUUUUAUGCAUGUUAUUUAUUGAAUAAAAUAUUAUUUGUUUUAUAUUCGUUA